AUGGCUGCGGCUGCAGUUGACGUGAGCUACAUCUCCGCGUCCUACGCCGUACCAGAACCUACUUUACAGACUUUACUUUCAGCACCCACGAUCGAAUUAGUGCAGGAGCUGCUCGUACAGGUUGAAGCGAAAGCUAGAGAACACGAUGAACUCACAUCGGAGAAGCUUCGCUCAGAUGUAGAGUUGGAAAACGCGGUGCGAAAUGGCGAGACCCGCGCACGAACCCUGAAGGCUUCCGCCGACAAAGCCCUGAAAGAGGUUGAAGACCUCCGCCAGAAGCUCAUUCAGGAGGAAAAUGCACGUAGUGAAGUUGAGUCGGAACUCCAACACCUCAAAUCGACUGCCACGAGCUCUACAUCCGAAGCGCAAGCUCUCGAAUCUCGCAUCAAGUCUUUAGAGGCUCAGAACAGAGACACAAUCUCCCUACUCGAAGCAAAGUCCGCUGCGCACGAUCGUCUUGCCGAAGACCUGUCCGCCCAACAUCAGAAGCUUGUCGGUCUUCGAAAGCAGCUAUCUGAACUUGAGGAGAAGAACCAGUCGCUUGAAAAUGCCGCGAACAGUGCGAAAUUCAGGGAACAGAGUCUCCAGCAAGAGAUUGAGAUGCUGAAGAAGAACAGUGACUACUACGAGAGCGAACUGAACCAGAAACGCGAUGACAUGUCGAAGCUCCGGAAGGAAAAGAACAACCAGAUCUCCGAGCUUCAACGCGCCAAUGCAGAUGCGACCCAGACGAUUGAAUCCCUUCGCCGGACCGAGACCUCCCAGCGCAAACGCAUUGAGGAUCUGGAACAAAAGAUUGAGCAAACCCUUUCGAAGGUACAACAACUUCAGGAUGAGGCUGCUCAGAAAGAGGAGUCGUCGCAGGCUGAGCUAGACAACAUGCGACGCCUAGCUAGUCUGCAUGAACAAAGCGCCAACACCGCCAAAGCUCAUCUACAGGAACUCAGGGCACAACUCGACCAGGCCAAGGACACUGCUGCCGCCGAAGUUGGCCAGCUACAGGCCGAAGUUGACUCUGAAAUCCGUCAGAGAGAAGCAACGGAGACCAGGAUCGCCGAGCUUGAAUCCCAGAUUGAAGCCCUCGAAACACAAAUUUCAGAGUUGCGUAGCUCAGCGCCAGUUCCCGGAACGCCGCGACGCCCCAUCAAUGGCCCCUUUGAUACUCCAGGCCGCAUUGGCUCGCCAAGUUUCCUGUCUCCUUCUCGCAGCCGGGCAGGUUUGUCGACGACACAGCUAUAUGCUGAGAAUACGCAGCUGAAGGCCGAGGUCCGGACACUCCAAGAUCGUGACGAGAAACGUACAGCUACUAUGAAUGAGAUGCUUGAAGAACUCGAAAGUCGCCAACCAGAAAUUGAGGAACUUCGACAGGAGAAUGAACGCCUUACUGUCGAGACAGGGGAGAUAUCAGCAUUGCUCGCGGAAGCUACUUCUGAGAAGGAAGCCGCUCGGAAGGAAACGCGCAAGGCUCAAGGCGAUUACCAGGGUAUCGUUCGUGAGGGUGAAAUACUUCGACAACAGCUUCGCGAUUCUAGCACACAGCUCACUUUCCUGUUGCUAGAGCAGAGAGUCCGCGAGGAAGGAAUAGAGUCCCUCACCCCUGACGAGCGGACUUACCUUCAACAAGUCGCUCUUGGCCAGAUUCCGGACGAUCAAUUGGAUGAUACUACCGACACUGGCCGCCUUAUCAGCCGAAAACUCGUACUGUUCAAAAAUAUCCAGGAACUCCAGCAGCAGAAUGCAGAACUGCUACGCGCUAUUCGUGAGGUCGCGGAUAGGUACGAGGGUAGCGAGGCCCAAGCACGCACAAACCAGAUCGAACAAGACCGACAAGAACUUUCAUCACUCCGCGAUAAGGUCGCUCAAUAUGAAGACCAGAUACAGUCACUUAACAUUAAAUCUCAGAGCAUCACAAAAGAGCGUGACAUGUAUCGCCGCAUUGUCACGAGUCGCGGGCAGGUCCCUGGUGGCUCAGACUCUGGUGCCCUAUUUAGCCAGUCUGUGGACGGCAGAGGUAUGGCAACCCCACCACCUGGUAGCCUACUCCAAAGUGUCAACCAGACACCACAUUCCAAGGAAAUUUCUGGAUAUGAAAAACUUGUCAAGGAUCUUCAGGCGCAUAUGGAUGCCCUCAGACAAGAAAGCGCCACAGACCACGCGUCACUCAAACAGCAAGCCGAUGCCUUGGCCAAGGACAAUGGUCGACUACAAACCGAAAACAUGCGACUCAACAACUCACUCAAUCUCUUACAAUCUGAGAAUGACGAAAUUCAGAAACGUUGCGACGGCCUUAGAGAUAGUGCUGCCCAGCAAGAUGUCCGCCUAGUGGACAGUCUUGAACGAGAGAAGGCCAAUCUGAAGGCCUCCCGCGAGCUUUUGAAGAACAUCGAAAACCGCCGGUUGAACAAGAUGAUCACUGAUCUUCAGAAUCUGCGAAACGAGCAGGAGUUAACUGAGGCGGACAAUCGCCGGCGUCUACAAGGUCGCGCUGAUUCUCUUGAGGCUGAGUUACAGACUACAAAACGACGACUUGACGAAGAGGUGGAAGAUCAUAAGAAGGCGAUCCAGCGGCGCGAGUAUGAGCAAGCAGAGAACAACAAGAAAAUCGACGAUUUGACCAAGGCUUUGAACAACAUUCGACCCGAGCUCGCGUCGGUGAAAACGGAACGUGAUCAAUUGCAGGCUCGUGUAGACGAGUUGAAGAACCUUCAACCCAGGCCAACACCGCGUAACGGUGCGCCAGCUACGGACGCUGCCGAGGACGAUAUCAGCAGGGAAGAAGAGCUUAGCAUUGAAAUCUCAAACCUUAAGCACGAGUUGGAGACAGCACACCAGCAGAUUGAAGAUGCUAAGGCUCAGAUUGAGCAGUACAAGGCUAUUGCACAGGAUGCUGAGGAUCGCUUGGCUGAUAUACAAGAUGCGCAAGAAGAGCUUCAACAACAAACAGACCGGCAGAUUGCGGAGAAGGAUGCCAAGAUCGAGGACCUUCAGAAGAGAGUUGAGGAAAUCUCAUCUGAGCUUGCUACGACCAGCACCGAACUAUCUGAACUUCGACGACAGCACGAAGAGGACAUUCAACGCCUUGCACAACAGAAAGAUUUUUUCGAAGGUGACAUUAAUCGCCUCAAGGACGAGGCUGAUCGAUACAAAGAAACCGCAGCUUUGCACCAAGAAGAUCUGAAAGCUCAAGCCGACAUUGCGACCCGCGCACAACAAAACUACGAGAGCGAACUCACUAAGCAUAGCGACGCCUUGACCAAGCUCAAGCAAGAACGUGAGGAACACAAUCAGCUCAAAUCCGAGGUCGCACAGUUCAAAACACAAGCUGAAGCGGCACGGACAUCUCUUGCUGAAGGCGAAGAACACUGGACUGAACUGAAGGAGAGAUACAAUGAUCUGGAGGGCCAAAACAAGAUUCUCCACCAGCAGCUCGAGAGCGCUCGCGUAUCUGUGUCUGGACAUGAUUCUGAGUCUGCCAGCCCUGAUGCCGAUAUUCAGGGACUGCAAGACUUGAUCACCUACCUUCGCCGGGAAAAGGAUAUCGUGGAUGUUCAGCGUGAGCUCUCAAUUCAAGAAGCGAAGCGUCUCAAACAGGAUCUCGAGCACACGAGGAACCAACUCGACCAGACGCGCGAGAAACUCGUCCAGGAACAGCAGUCACAAGUACAAGCCAAACAAAGCGCCAGAAAUCUUGAGUCCCUCGAGAACACCAUCGAGCAGCUCAAUGUUUACCGAGAAAGCGCUAGCACCCUUCGCAACGAAGCCAGACAAGCCCAGGCUCGCCUGGCCGACAAGGUUAAGGAAUUAGACCUGUUCCAAGGUCAGAUAGAGCCACUCAAACUACGUGUGCAGGAGGUGGAGGGUGAACUGGCAAUGAAGAACGGAGAGCUGGAGAUUGUUCAAAAGGAUCGUGAUCAUUGGCAGAAACGUCACCGAGACGUCCUACAGACAUAUGAUCGCAUCGAUCCUAAAGAGCUAGAGGAGCUAAAGAGCCGCCUCGAAGCACUCCAGACUGAGCGUGACCAGGCGCAGGAACAGCUCAGCCAUAUCGACGAACAGAUAGAGAAGGCGAAAACAACGACUAAGGAAGAGCUAGAGAAUGGUUUCCAAGAGCGCCGUCAAGCAAUGGUUAACCAAUUCAAAGAGCGAUCUAGGGAGCUUUCUGGAAAACUCAAGGAGAAGGAUGCCACUAACGCUGCGUUGACGAAAGAGCGUGAUGAGCUACAGCUACAGCUACAAGCCGUGCAGCAAGAGCUCGAAGCGACGAGAAUCGCGCGCGACGAAGCUCUCGCAAAUGCUGCAUCCAAUGUUGACGCUACAAUGACCGAGGAUGGCCAGGUCGACGAGAGUGCUCCAGGCUUGUCGAAUGAAGAGAAACAGGCCUUGGAGGAGCGAGUUGCAGCGGCUGAGAAGAAGGCUAUCGAAGAAUCGAACCGGUCGGUUGCACUUCACAUUGAAAUCCAGGCUCAUCAAGCCAGAGUCACCGAGCUAGAGAACCAAGCAGUAAGUUAUUUCGCCUGUAUUCAAAACUCCGCUAACUCGGUACAGGGCGACCUUCAACAACGCAUCGCCGGUCUGAACGGUGAGUUAUCCCAGGCACACGAGAAGCUAGGAUCCCAAGUCACAUCUUCGGAGCCAACUGUUGUUGCGCAGUCUUCAGAGGAGAUUGAGAGGAUCAAAGAAGAACUCGCGGCAGCACAAAAAGAGGUGGAGGACUUGCGGACGCAGGCAGAGAUGGCAAGCUCCACUGCUACCGCCCAACCUGAGAAUGCCGUUACCACAGAUGCCGAUCAGAUUGCCAAACAAAUUGCGGCAGUCAAAGCAGAAGUGGAGUCAACUGCCAAUGAGCGCAUCGCCGCGGUUGAGAGCAAUGCUACCACCAAGAUGGACAGUCUUAAAGAAAAAUGUAACAAGCAGAUACAAGCGAAGAACGAGUUGAUCAAGAAACUCAAGGAGGAACAUACAGCCGCCAUGGACCGUCUAACCUCGGAGUACCAGAACGACCCUACUCGUGUCCGCUCAGAUGCUGCGGCGGGAACUCCACAGCAAGCUCAAACGAACCAGCCUCAAGCAGAGUUGGGAGCACCUUCAGCAGAGACCGGGGAUAGUGUUAAUGGCAAGCCAGCUUCAGCCUAUAGCAGAGAGGAAAUAGAGACUCUGGUCAAGGGCAGCAACCUUGUGAGGAAUCUAAUCCAAACCCAUGUCAACAAACGUCUCAAGACUGAACUGGAGUCUUCGGUGGCCAAGGCUCGUGCAGAACAAGAGAAGGCGGACGCGGAGCUGUAUGCUAAAAAGGUGGAAGAAGUUGAAGCAAGGAUCAAGAAGGAAUCGGAUGAGAAGCAGGGUGAGGACAGCACUUCAAAGCCUGAGGAACCUGACACUGCGAAGAUCGAUGAGUUGGUCGCUGCCAAGGUCGAAGAGGUCAAAACUAAGGUUAAGGAAGAGGCAGACGCACGAAACGCUGCCAAGUUGAGUCUCAAGGAUGGCAUGCUUAGGAACGAAAGAGCCAAACUGGAGGUGGUUCAAAAGGCCGCAGACGAGACCCCCGAACGUCCUGUUGGUGAGGUCUGGGCGGUAGCAAAGGUAGCAAAAGCCAAACCUGUCCCUACCGGGCUUCCCGCGAAACCGGCUUCAGGACCACAAACAGCACCUGCCGCCACACCCCGCCCAUCCACAGCAGCUCCAGGGGCCAUGCAGCAAACUCCAUUUUCUCAGUCUUCCGGCAUUCCACAACUAAAUGGCCCAGCCAGCGCAGCAUCUGGCCAAUCGCCAUUUGGGCAGUCUUCCUUUACGCAGCCUACCCAGAGUACCCAGUUGGGUGGAUUCGGGCAACCUUCGUUUGGUCAACCUGGUCAGGCCAACAAUACUGGAAUGUUCGGACGGCCGAGCAAUUUGACCGGCCAACAGCCAUUCCAACAAGCCAAUCAAGCAUCUGGCCAGUCAGUUGCUGGGCCGGGCAGUCUACCUCAACCAGGCUUCACAGGAGCACAGGGCCAGUUACAGCAGGGUAUCGCGAAUAAUGCUCGACCAAACUCACCAUUCGGCCAAAUCCAACCACCUGCUGGACAACAACAGCCACAGCAGCAGCAAGGUGGAAGGGGUAGAGGGCAGGGCAAUGUCGGCACGGGGCCCGCUACGAUGCGUAACCUGCUUGGACAACAAAAUCAGUCUGGUAUACCUCGGGGCGGUGGCACGGGCAUCCCGCGACCUGGCGGUAGGGGUCAAACGACUCAAGGUCAAGACAAUCCGACCCAGAACGGAAAUCCACAAGCAGCUGGACAGGGCGGUCGUGGUGGCGGCGGUCGAGGAGGAAGAGGAGGUCGCGGCGGUGGGCAGAUCAACACAUCUGCCGCUGGUAACCAAAGUCAAGGACAGAAUAGCCCCAGGGGAAUGAACCCCGCAGCGCAAGGCUUCCAACCUGGCGCUGGACGUGGACAGAAGCGAGGACGCGAUGACGGUGGUGAUGGCGGCGAGGGUGGUCAUCAGGCAGGAAAGCGUCCUAGAGGUGGUGGCGGUCGUGGUGCGGGUGCUGCUGGAGGCGGCGGAGGAGGAGCAGAGUGA